UUGACUGUUGAAAAAGAAGGAGAAGGAACAAAAAGCUGACAAAGGCAUAAAGAAAUGAAAAUCUUAUAAACGCCGCAUGCAAUCGCCGAAAACGAGAACGACCAACGUCCGUCUAAUCGUCGCUCCGAAACCCUAAAUUAGCUAAAAUCCACCGAUGGCGAGGAGAUCCGCUUCGAUCCUCAGUCGCCUUCUGGCGAAUCCGCCUUCUCCAUUCGCCGCACCGUCCCGAUCCAUCACCUACAUGCCUCGACCCGGCGACGGAGCCCCACGCACCGUAACCCUGAUUCCGGGAGACGGGAUCGGACCCUUAGUGACCGGUGCGGUGGAACAGGUCAUGGAGGCGAUGCACGCGCCGGUGCAUUUCGAGCGGUACGAGGUGUUCGGCCACAUGAGGAGAGUCCCGGAGGAAGUAAUCGAGUCUGUGAAGAGGAACAAGGUCUGCCUUAAAGGAGGAUUAGCGACUCCCGUUGGCGGAGGAGUCAGCUCCUUGAAUAUGCAAUUGAGGAAAGAGCUCGACAUCUUCGCUUCUCUCGUCAAUUGCAUCAACGUCCCUGGGUUAGCCACGCGGCACGAGAAUGUCGACAUCGUCGUCAUCAGGGAGAACACGGAAGGAGAGUACGCGGGUCUCGAGCACGAGGUUGUUCCUGGCGUUGUCGAGAGCCUUAAGGUGACGCCUAAUUUGUAUGGUAACCUUGUUGCAAACACGGCGGCUGGAAUAGCCGGUGGCACUGGAGUGAUGCCAGGAGGGAAUGUUGGUGCGGAGCAUGCGAUAUUCGAGCAAGGCGCAUCAGCCGGGAACGUGGGGAAUGAUAAGAUGGUGGAGCAGAAGAAGGCGAAUCCGGUGGCUCUGCUUCUCUCAUCGGCUAUGAUGCUUAGACAUCUCAGGUUUCCUACUUUUGCUGAUCGGCUUGAAACCGCGGUGAAGCAAGUGAUACAAGAAGGCAAAUGGCGAACAAAAGACCUUGGUGGAGACUGCACCACGCAGGAAAUGGUUGAUGCGGUCAUAGCAGCUCUUGACUGAAUCUAGCCAUGCGAGCAUAUUGCUUCUCUGCUUCAAUUUCAACUAAGACAAAAAGUUUUGCUUCUCUGUUUUUUCUUUUUUCUUGAUUUUGUUUCUAUUCUUCAUUCUUUUCCAGCGUUUGAGCACGAGCUUAUAUGGUUACCAAAUAAAGUCAAUAAGCAAUUUUGUUAUAUCAAUUUUUGUCAAAAUAAGAAAUAAACUUUUAUAAGUGAUGGUCACGUAUAGGUAUGUAAAAAAGCAUAUAAAAUAGCCACCUAAUAAGAAAACAGAGAAGGCAUGUAUAUAA